AUGGCGUUCUUUUUCAGGACCGUUGACAACGGAAUCAAAUUGUCAUCGUUGUUGUCUAUCCCCGAUGUCACCGACGUCCAUACUAUGAACAAGAUCACCUCUGACGAGCUCAAUCGUCUGGUCACUCACGAGGGUUCACCAAAGGCCUCGCAACCGCUGGGACACCUGCUCUCCAAAAUAUUUCAGUCUUUCACGGUUCCUCUUCCCGAUGUAUUCAGCCUUAAAAUCCCAUUCGGAAAAAUCCUUUAUCGCAACCAACGCAUCAACGAGAAAUUCAGCGGGACAUCGCCCGAUACUCUUGUGCCACUGUACGAUACUGAAGCGAAGGCUUGGAACUGGGCCCUUCCAGUUGACCCUCCUAAAAAUGCCAGUAGUAGUCGUUCGGGCGCAGACUCAGAGGGCGAGUCAGAAGGCGAGUCAGAGGGCGAGUCAGAGGGCGAGUCAGAGGGCGAGUCAGAGGGUGAUGAUAUGCAGAAAGCAACUCACGAAGAAAUCUUUGCUGCGUUUCUCAAUGCUCUGGCUGGCUGCUUGGCAGCGUCGCAGCCCAAACUAGUAGAAAUGCGCUUUGCAACCAGCACAUGGAGCGCAGCCAGUGCACAGAAGGCAUUACCUGGCAGCGACAUCAAGCGCAAGCCAGAUCUCAUUCUAUCUGACGAUAUAUCGGCAAAGUGGGGGAACAUCAGGGUAUCAGCCGAACUCACUCACAGUCGAUACCAGCCUGCGAUGCGACUCGGGAAGGCUGCAGAUACUCAUGCCUAUAUUAUGAUGAGUGAACAGCCAUGGAGGCGCUUUGCUCUCAUAUUAUCAUUCACAGAUGAAUAUCGCCACCUUAGAGUCCUAAUGUAUGAUCACUCUGGUGGCGCCGUGUCUCCUCGCUUCGAUAUUUACCAACAACCGGACAUAUUUUCACAUAUAAUCGCUGCCAUCAAUUUCGGGAGUCUAGAGUGCGUCGGCUAUGAUCCGACAGUCUCAUUCUCAAAGAUUGUUUCACCACCCCGAUUCAAAGAUAUCAACUGCUAUCGUCCCAUUAGAAACGCUCCUGCCCGACCAAGUACGACGGACUGUACUGUUGCCGUAUCCACUUCCUCCCUUCCAUUUCCCGAGGAUCCUGAUGGAGUGUCGUCCAGUGAUGCCCUUGAAUCAGUAGUCGCUAGUGACUCUAGUGACUCUGACUCGACGGAAGAAGGUCCGAGCGGUUCCGCUACACAUUACUCGAUGGACGAAGAGCAUUUCCCACCCCCCUCCCUCCCAGUGCACCCCACUGCAACCCGUAGUGCUCCCCUUCUCAGCCUCGCAUCCCAAAUGCCCCAGGCUGAGAUGACCGAGAGCAUCUAUUCUGUCACCCCUCUCCCUUCCCAAUUCCCUUACUCUGCUCAAUCACCUGAACCUUGCGGUAAAAUCCGUGUAGGGCAGAAGGUCUACACUAUAAGAAGAAUCAUUUUUGCGAGCCGAGGUCUUGUUGGUCGCGGAACCGUUUGCUAUUUGGCAACUUUAGACGAUGAAGACUACAUAAUAAAAGACCAUUGGGUUGUAGGCAAGGACGACAAUGUAGUCUUGAACGAGAUCAAGAUGCUGGAAUUGAUGGAUGGCCUCCCUGGCGUUCCAAAGCUGGUGGAUCAUUGGGUCGUUGAACAGUCAGAUGGUGAUCCCGAUGUUACCCGAAAAUAUCGGCAGAAAGAACGCCGGAGUACCAGGGGCACUAGUCGUACUCAUGUACGUCUUGUCUUGAAGCCAUGUGGUCGCCCCCUUCACAUGUUCCGAACACUGAAGGAGUUUGUGCGGGCACUAAGGGAUAUCGUUAAGAUUCAACAAGCUGCGGUGGAGGAACGUCAGAUUUUGCAUCGGGACUGUAGUCUCAACAACGCGAUGAUCCUAGACGAACCUGAAGGUAGUGAAGGGUUUCUUAUUGACUGGGAGUUUGCCGUUCGGAUUGCCUCGGAUCAUAAAUAUCCUAUUGGCGGUACAGGCACAGUCCCUUUCAUGUCACGCGGACUUCUCAAUCAAUAUGCGGUCCUGCAGCAGGAGGCGGACCUGGAAUCGAAGAGGAAGAAGACGGCGAAGAAGAAAGAGACUCGGGGACGCAAUUCAGUCGACAAACCAAAAACCCCGAAAUCAUCCUCUGAUUCUCUGGCGCUACCUGUAUCAUACGUCAUCCAAGGCUAUGCGGAUGACCUGGAGUCCCUUUUUUUCGUGUUCGCUUGGGUUUGCAUCAAGUUUUGUGGUCCCAACGGUAUGGUGCAGGAGCGCUUGCCCAAUUCGUUGGUGGAUCGUUGGACCAGCCUUGACCUGGGAUCGUGCGCAGCCUUCAAGAUCACCUUUUUCGCUUAUCCAGGAGAGGAAAAGCGUCUCACAGACCAAUUUCACCCGUACUUCAAGCAGCUGAUCCCCCUCGCAGUAGAGUGGCGUAGAGUUCUGGUGGACAACAUGAUCCACCCCGUUACCUUCGACACCAUUCUCGCUGUACUCAACUCUCAUCUCGACAAACUCCCCGACGACGAGGAGCUCGUAUCUGCUGUGGACAUGCUCAGGAAUGAUGCUGCCAUUCUCACGAAACAUGUUAAGGGCAAACGGAUUGCUUCAGACCCUCCCUCUGUAGUAGCACCCAAGCGGCAAAAGUCUCAUCAUAGUGAUACCGAGUCUGACUCAGCAUCGGGCAGUGACGCAUGA